GACAAUCGUUCAUCACAUUAUCACUUCGCUGGCAAGGCUUCACUUAAUUUAACUUGUUUUCUUUGCAACACAUUUGGUUUAGACAUUUGCUACACAAAUGAUUGAAGAACUUGAAAGGCUGGUUGGUCAGUGUCUUUCUGUUUGUUUUGUCAUGUCUUAUAUAAAAAAUAGUCCUUUACCACUGAGCACACGCAAAGGCUGCAUGGUGUAGAUCAUCUGUACAGAAAUGAAGGCUACAGUCACUGUUCCUUUUUUUGAGUCUCUUUGGACUGAACUUUAGUUUCUACAGGAAGCACAUCUUUGUGAAAGAAAUAAUGACCUGGAAAAAUGCACAGAAAUACUGCAGAGAGCACCAUGAUGACCUGUCCACUGUCAAUAAAGAACAGGCACUACAGCUUUCCAGUAAUCCAGAAAACAAAAAUGCAUAUUUUUGGAUUGGACUGCACAUGAUUUUUAACAACCUAGAAAACUGGAGUUGGUCUGGAGGUGAGGAUCAAAAAACUGACUAUUGGGACAUUCAGGAAUCGAACAAUGCUGUUGAAAAGUGUGGCUGUGUAAGCAGACAUACUGCUAAACUGCACAAUGCUAUGUGCAUUCAUUAUUUUCCAUUCUACUGUAUGGAGGUGUUUAAGCCCAUUCUGGUGCAUCAGAAUAAGACAUGGGAUGAAUCUCUGAACUACUGUUGGCAGAACUACAUUGACUUGGUGAGCCUAAGUUCUCAAAUAAAUAUGGAAGAGGUGAUAAAUAACACUAUAACAUCCCAGACAGCUUAUGUGUGGACUGGUCUGCGCUUUAUGGUUGGUCACUGGUUCUGGGUCAGUGGUGAUAAUCUUCAAUAUAAAGCCUGGUCUACAGUGGGGGAACCCCAGUGCCCUGCUAGGAACCUGCACUGUGGAACUCUGGAUAGAAGAAGGAACAUUUGGCAACCCAAAGACUGUGAGGAGAAACUCAACUUUGUCUGCCUUAUGAAGCCAUAAAUGUUCUUCAUUCCACAAAUGUUUCUCCACUUGAAAAUAGGCAUGGUUGUGCUCAGCUUUUCUGUACACUUUUACCAUAUUUGCUUGUACUAUGUGUGUCAGGUUGUUUUUUAAUGUCAGGACUGUAUUCUCAUGCACAAUUGUACCCUUUUUAUUAUUUCAUAAACAUUUUACUUA